CAAUAUAUAUUAUUUUCCUUUAAGGUUUAUCUAAGUACACGAACUGGAGCACAUGUUUUGAGUCGAGUUGGUCCUUAUGGCUUACCAAUGGAUUAUGCUUUGGCUCGACGCUAUCUCACCAUUUCAAUUGACUUGCUUCCGGCAAAUUUAUUAAGUUGGCUUGUUGAAACUAUCCAGUCUUCAAUAUCAAAAUUCACCGAGAAUGGGGUCAUCUUCGAAGGCGAAUCGUCCGUCACCGAAACCGACGUAGUCAUAAUGGCUACUGGCUACACGUGGAAAUUCCCUUUUCUCGAAGACGACUGUGGAUGGUCUCCUGAUUUAAAGCACUUCGUAGGGUUCUUCUUACCGUUUGGUGCAUCUUUUCUAAUGGGAGAAUUGCAAUGUCGGUGGGUGGCUCAGGUGUUCGCCGGGAAUGUAAAACUACCUCCGAGAGAAACAUUGAUGGAUGACAUCAGGAAAAGGCUUGAAAUCAACGAGAAAAGAUAUGCACCUUGCAGUAAACAAGGUGUUCGAGUCGACUACACGCAGUUUCAAGAUAAGAUUGCUGAACAAAUAGGCGCUAAGCCUAAUUUUUACAGAAUGUUAUUUACAGAUCCGCAGCUCUGGUUCAAAUUAAUAUUUGGUCCUAGUGUUCCCUACCAUUACAGACUACAAGGACCACAUCCGUGGGAAGAUGCGAGAGAAGCUAUUAUGAAAUGUGGCCAUUGAAAAGAAAGGAAGUAGAAAGAGUGGAAUCGCCAUAUGUUCGAUAUGCAAAGAAAUUUCUAUAUUUCUUGCUUCCCUUUUCGUAAAAGGAGUUUUUCUCUAUGUCAUGCAUUGAUUGAGAAUUUCAAUAAAAUUGAAUUUAUCUUGAGU